AAGCCGGGUUUCUGUGCCUAGCGGGAAAGCCGUUUUGCGAAUCUCUGUUGUGAUUGUGCUGUUGUGGGCAUUUUGAAAAGGGCAUAUGGUUUUCUCCCAGGGAUCGUUCUGAGCUGCAUGUGUAAUGCGGCCGCAUUGCCUUCCUGUCGCUAUCGGUGGCAAUAUUUGAAUGGCUCUUCGUCGGCCUCUUCUGACUGUGCUUAGUGCUGCUGGUGUAGCUGGUGCGGGCAACGGGAUCAUCGCCACCUCCCAAGGCGUGACCUGGGGCGAUGGUAAAAGGCCAGAAGAAACGGGCUGUGGACCGAACUCGCUGCAAGAAAAAUGCAUCUGCCUCAUCUCACUCUGGGGAUUCCAGCACAGUGUUGAAGGAGAACCAUGGCAAAGCGACCGCAAAUGAUGGCACCAGAACGACACCACCUGUCACAAGGAGCACUCGGAUAGACGACUAUUUCCCUGUGCUUGGCGCCGAAAUGGCAACUGCUGAGGAAGUAGCCAGCGAGCACAGUUACUCGCGACGGCGUCCCGCCAAGAGGGAGCCUCCAUGCCCGUUGCAGCAGCUAGUAGAACCCGAGGUUCAAAUACCAUGCCCAGACGCUGCAGCACUUCCCGCUGGCCUGAGCCUCACAGCCACGCAGCCGCCUUCUAUGGACGCACAAAAGCCUGCUGCUGAUCCCAGGGGCCACCACGACAGGAGCAAAAGUGCUUCCAGAGCUGCAAACAGGCCUGCCGUAAAGGUCACUGUGAAGGCUGCUGCGGCAGCGUCGGAGCAAGACCCCUCAAAGGCAGCAAAAAGGAAAACGGACGUGCAGUGCCACUCCUUGACAGAGUACUUUUCCAUCCGAAGGAGUGGACGCAAGACAAAGACUACACUUGCAAAAGAGAGGCAGAAGCAGGUUGAAGAUGCCAUCCUGAAUGGCAUCGAAGAAGGCUUCCAGAUCACAGAGUUUCCUGACAAAGGCCGGGGAGUGACCACAUCCCGUCCACUUAAAGCCGGCGACUUUGUGCUUGAGUAUGCUGGUGAACUCAUUGAUGUGCAAGAGGCAAAGCUGCGUGAACAGAUAUAUGCCACUGACACAUCCAUUGGGUGCUACAUGUACUACUUCACCUGCAGGAACAAACAGUAUUGUGUCGAUGCCACUAAGGAAACGGGCCGGCUUGGGCGGCUAGUGAACCACAGCAAGCGGGGCAACCUGAAAACGCAGACGUGCAUCAUCAAGGGCGUGCCUCAUUUGGUGCUCGUGGCUCAUCGCAACAUUGAAGCUGGAGAGGAACUGCUGUAUGACUAUGGAGACCGCAGCAAGGCAUCACUCCAGUUUCACCCCUGGCUGGCAUUGUAGCCAGCUUUCCAGAGUGGCAGCUUUCAUCAAUAGUUGGCAGAGUAAUGAUCCGGGGUACACACCUUUCUUCUGUUCUGCAGUCUUUCGUUUAUGAGAGCCCCGUCAUAUGCCAAGUUAUCUUCAGAGUCCUUUUUCUGUCUGGGUCGUGCAGUUGUUCUAACACACGUGCCUGUCUUAUAUGGCCCACGGAAAAUGUUCUCAUUAGAGCAGUAUCGUUUUGGUGCUCUAGCAAAUGGGGCAUGUGCUCUCCUGGCAUACCUAUUAGGCACGGACAGCAAAGGCAGCCUUGUCUCAAGCUACUCAUUUAUAGGGCUAGCUUGUUCAGUGUGAGCGCACAGCUGAUGGCUGUAAGCACAGAAUUGCCUGUAUUGGUAGAGAACAAUGGCUGUUUCAUCUUUCACCUUCCCAUCAUUUGGCCAACAUUUAUGAUGGGAGAAGCAGGACACCAAAGUAUCUUGAAGUAAGAAGUUAGUAUUCUGUAGUGAUUAACUGUGCACACGGGUCUAUGCAUGCACAAUAGUGAGUGGUUCAGAAAGCAUGAGUGAGUCCAUUUUAGGACAUGAUUUUCAUGACAAAAAAAGAAAAUUGAAGAAUCGAAGCCUGGUGUUAUAGUUGGCACAGUCAACAACAUGUCUGUCAGCAUCAGUAAUGUUGCCUUGACAGUGAAGGGUGCCUUCUCAGUCUAGAUCUGUAAAGCUAGGACAGCUUUCAGCUAGUCGGUGGACCACGUGAUACACCAAGUUUUCCAGCAGUUGAAAAAAAGUUAACAUGGGUAAGACUGGUAGGAAAUAAUGUAUUUUCUAUGUAUGUUAUUUAUUACACUAACUUCGUUUUCACCAUUGAAAUACAUGGUGAAUUAGGCUGCAUCAUUUCUUGCUGCGAACAAGAUAGAAAGCCAAGCCACUUGUUAUGAACUUUACAUGAUGUUCUGUAGUGCGAAAAGACAAGGUACAAGAUGAUUCUUCGUGCGUUACUCACCGCAUGUGUUGCACAGUUUUUCAGAGUGAACCUUUAAAAACAAUCUUAUUUGUCCACCCUUCUGGAAGCUGCUUGCUGAUUCUUGAUUGUAGUUAGGCAUAGUGAUGCCACAAGUGGUGAGUGCACUUUUACAUGCAGCAGAGAUACUGUACACUCAUUUUGCCUGUGGUUGCGAAGGCAUCAUUCAGGCUAUUCACACAAGCUUAGUGCCUAUUCCUUGCUUGUCCAGAUCUGGCCUGACAUCUCUUGCAUGGCUCCACACUAUCUCUCUUCGAAGUGCAGGGAGAUGCUACCAACUUGUUCUGCAGAGGUCUUGUGGCGACAUGUCAAUGUCGACAUGUUGCACUGACAGAUUGAAUGUGACAUUUUGAAGAUACUGCCACAGCUUCUGCAGUGGCAUUGGAUGCACUGAACAAUGCCACACUGUUCACAACUCUCUCGCAUGUGAUGCAGUACUACCCACUGAAUGCUUCUCUCUGUUCUCAGAUGGCAAAACACUUUUAAGGUCCACUUUGGCUUAAAGCCAAGUUACAAUUUAAGGCCAUAUUGUUUUCCAGGGUGCUAUGCAUUGUGCCUGAAUGCUGGAAUAUUCCUGUACUACAUGACUGUUUAGCUGGUCACAUGGCAGUUGCUUUCUUUUCAUUUUAUGCAAACCACUGUCACCGCGUGAUGCAAAACCAUAUGAGAAUGAAUUAAUUGAUAACAGCAGCUAUACACAGGUAUCAAAAAUUGUCUGGUCAAAAUGCCAUUUAAUGAGUGCAAGAUGUGAUGUAGCAGCGUAUUAAAGAUGCUGAGGUCAAUCUUGCGAAUGCAAGCCAUUGUAAAUGAACUUCUGAAAUGCUAUUACAUGUUCAGAAAAUUUGUCUUGCAUUUCAGAAGUAAAGUAAUAGACAGACAGAAGUUUGUUACUAUGUAUUGGACCCCCUCUUUGUUUUUUGUUUUUCCCCCACUGCUCAAAAAUGUUCAAGAAAUUUUGCUAGCUGUUCAACCUUUCGUGUGGUAUCAAAAAUAGGCUUAUAUAGUGACAUGUGUAGCAUAUGUCUCAUUUCCUCCACUCUUUGGUCUGUAGCCGCUUCUGUUGCACAGUUUUUCAGAGUGACCCUUUAAAAGCUAUCUUAUUUGCCCCCCCUUCUGGAAGCUGCUUGCCGAUUCUUGAUUGUAAUUAGGCACGGUGAUGCCACAAGUGAAUGCACUGUAGCAUACAGCAGAGAAACUGUACACUCAUUUUGCCCGUGGUCAUGAAGGCAGCAUUCAGGCACUGUGCACCUUGGCUUCCCAAGGUGCACGGCUUGCAAAAUCCAUUGACCUUGCUGCAUCCUUCAUAAUACUGUUUUAUACAAUAGUAAUAAAAUGGUAAAUCUAUUUUGUCUCCAGAGGACGUGGUGUAGUGAUGUGCGUAUUCAGCAAAAAAAAUUAAACUGUAGGUACAGUUCACUGAUGGCAGCUUAUAGUUUGAGUCAAUUGUGAUGUCAAGUGAUAGUCAGUAUAUCUGAAUACUAAAGUAGCACAGGCAAGAUGACAACACACUGGCACACCACCAAAAUUUGACUAUCUCCAACAAGAGAUUGUUGUUGGAUGUUAGUGUCGUGGGGCUGUGGGUUUGCAUGCUCUUCUCGAGCCUUGUUUGCGCUACACUUCUAUUUCAAGUUGAAAUACCAAGAAGCCCACACUGCAACCCCAGCCGGUGUACGUUUCAACCAAAUGCAUUUUGGUGAACUUAAAUUCGUUGCUGCCACAAGCAUUGUACUAAUGCAAGCAAGCAUAAAACUUGUAUUCUUGUACCAUCAUGUGCCAGAAUGAAAACACAAAUCACCUUUUGGCUUGUGUGUUGCACCCGUGUGUUUUAUUUAGAUUAUACUUGAGUGGUUCAUGCAAACCCCUUACCAAAAAAAAAAAACACACACACACAAGAAGGACAACAUUGGGGAGUGAAUGUUUCUAGAUUUUUGUUUCAGCAUGCACUAUAGUGAUCAUGACCAAGUCUGCAAGGAACUGUCAGUUUUAUGUGUUGAUAAACAUAUGCAUUUUAUUAGUCCAGCAAGAAGAGUGCACACCCACUGCCACUAGAAUGUUAGGCUGUUCUUCAGUUUUGUUGUUGCUAAGAUAUUAGUUAAACCAAACGAGUUUGUUACUCUUGUGGUGCAGCAUAGGCAGGCACCCACAUGUGAACUUGUUCCUUUACCAAACUAUACACUUGCAUGUUUCUGUGUCCAAAUUUUACAUUGUUGUUUUUCUCCACGCUUUACCAUUCAUUCUUAUGCACCUGCCUUUGCAGUCUCCAACAUUGCAUUUCUCAGAGCCUGCGUGUUGAUUUCCUGUUCAUUCAUUUCCUAAAGUUAGAAACUUGCGUUCAGUGCGACUCAAGAGCUGGAACAGCAGUACAGUGCGUACUUUGCAGGUUCCCAACUUGAACAAACUUUGCCAGAGGUUUUAGCCUAGAUAAUGAAAGGUGGAAUGUAUUUUGUACGUAAUGUAUGCCCAACUAACAUUUGACAAACGUCAUGGCUCUGCUCUGUGAAUACUAUACCAUGUACAGCUCAUCUCAACUUCCAUUUGUUUGGUUUUCACGGUGCAAGUGAACUACCCAUAUACCUGCGAUCAAGUGAACAGGUGAAGAACUACAUUUACGGCACUUGAUUAUUUACAGUUUGGGUGUACACCGCAAGCGUGAACAACCACGCAUGCUUGUUUAUUCACACUUGUACGACAUGUACAACAGACAUCAUCUUACCAUGUCUUCGAUGGCCACUUUGUUAUUGUGUUCCACUGUAUAAGUUAUUUUUCAACUUCAUUGUUCUUCAUUACCUUUACCACAGCAUACAAUAAAUGUCAUAAUCUAUUCCA